UGGUCGUCAUUGAAUCGUGCGACAAUAUAUAAUUUUUCUACCAUUUAUAAUAUUGAUACAAAAGAACGAUCGUAAUCCUUUAAUAAUCGGUUUUCUAAAUAAAAUUCUUCCUGAAAGACAUGGUUUUAUUCGUAAUGUGCAUGUGAGUGAUUUGAAAGAUAUGGAAAAUAGGUAACAUUGACUGUCAAGCAAGAAAAAUAAUAGCAGUGGCCUCCAAACUUGUAAUGGAAUCUUAUUUCAUAGCGACUUCCAAACGAAAGAAAUCGGCUCUGGAGGGCUACAAGUGAGUUAUGUUGUUGUUAAACUAGUUCGUGAAUACGUCGGUUGAUCGGUGAACGCUGGUCGACGUUUUAUAUGCGCGUAACGGUGACAUGAGCACGAAUAAGAGGCGCGGAGGAGCUAGCAGUUGUGCCGUGCCCGGGGUGCCCGCGCUGGCCGUGUCCACCGUGCCCACCGCCAUGUCGGCCGACCUCGCGUCGCUGUUUGAAUGCCCUGUGUGCUUCGACUAUGUUCUCCCGCCCAUCCUGCAGUGCCAGAGCGGGCACUUGGUGUGCUCGAGCUGCCGACCCAAGCUGUCGUGCUGCCCGACGUGCCGCGGGCCCCUCGGCAACAUUCGCAACCUCGCCAUGGAGAAAGUUGCUAGCAAUGUAAUGUUCCCCUGCAAACACUCCAACACCGGCUGUACUGUGACCCUGGUGCACACCGAGAAGGCCGAGCACGAGGAAGCCUGCGAGUUCAGACCCUACUCCUGCCCCUGUCCCGGGGCCUCCUGCAAAUGGCAGGGUGGCCUCGAUCAAGUGAUGCCUCACCUUAUGAUGUCACACAAAAGCAUCACAACCCUACAAGGCGAAGACAUAGUUUUUCUGGCUACUGACAUAAACCUUCCUGGAGCAGUAGAUUGGGUGAUGAUGCAGUCUUGCUUUAAUCAUCACUUCAUGUUAGUUCUGGAAAAGCAGGAGAAGUUUGACGGGCAUCAGCAAUUUUUUGCUAUAGUGCAGCUUAUAGGUUCUAGGAAGGAGGCAGAGAACUUUGCAUACAGGUUAGAGUUGAACGGCCACCGUCGUAGGCUGACCUGGGAGGCGAUGCCGCGCUCCAUACAUGAAGGUGUCUCCUCUGCUAUCAUGAACUCUGACUGCCUCGUCUUUGAUACAUCACUGGCCCAGCUUUUUGCUGACAAUGGAAACCUUGGCAUAAAUGUCACAAUAUCUAUUGCCUAAAAUUUAUAUUGCCACAUUAGAAAUAGAAAGCUGCCAGAAAAACUUAUUUCAUUGGCUAUAAAUAAUAAUCUAAUUAUAUUUAAAAUGUCAGUGAAAUAGAAGUGUAAAAGAUCUCUUAUGAAUUAUGUAUAGACAGUGUAUGAAAUUAUCAAACUGGAUUAAAUACUUUGUUGCAAUUUGCAUUAUUUACAGUUCCCUGACUUUGACAUGUUUAUAUUUGAUAGGACAUCAUAAGCCAAAUGUUUUUUAUUUCAUUAUCAUUUUGUAUAUGUGUGUUCACUUUAGUGUUAAGUAGUGGAAAGUUUAAUCGGAGCAAAACGCUUCCGAAACGCCUUGUAAACAUAGAUUAUAAAUUAUAACAAAUUAUGACCUCUCGUCAGUGAGGGAAAGUGAUUACUUUAUUCCAAAAUAUGAACAAAUAUUAUUUGUGUUGUUAACAUUUAAUCAUUUGUAUAUAGUGUAAUUUUAAGAGGUUUGAGCAAUUUCUAUGCAAUUAUAACUGUGUGGUUGCUUUUGAAUCAAAAGGUGCUGAUACACUUGGGCAUUCACUUGUAAGGAGCAUUCUCGCUAACAGAAUGUACAGUCAUUUCUCUAACAUAAGUAUGCACUUUUCUAUAUAAUUAGUAUGGCGAUGUGGGUACUUAAGUUGGGGCACCCACCAUACUAGCGUUUGUCGAUCAAUUUGCCGAAUCUGCUUAAAAACAGUGAAUGCUCAAGUCUAUUAGCACCUUAAUUUAGUGCUGGUAUUGACUGAGCUCAGGUCACAUGGACUGAUAACCAAACCCAGUUCAUUAUUUGGUUGAUCAACUAUUUCUAAUUGUAUAAUCUGGUACCCACAGAAAAGUGAGAAAGUAGAUCCUCUUGAGAACCUCUCAUCACCACCAAGCAUCUCAUUGGGUUCAAGCCCUUCCCAAACCUUGCUGCUUCUUUCGGCCAUCACUACGCAUACUACAUACGCGACAAAAUGUCCAUCUUUACCACUUAUAUGGUUGGCAGUCCUCAACUGUGCGCUUCUCCAGAAACUUCUUCACAGCUAAACUGUGGAAUUAACUGUCACCCCUGAUAUUUCCGGACCAAUACGAGUAAUACGACCUUCAAGAAAAGUACGUACUUCCAUCUUAAAGGCUGGCAACGCACAUGCAUUACUUGCAAUCCCUCUGGUGUAAGUAUACAGGAACAAAUACCUAGGGACUCCGUGCACACUAAAAGAGGCAGUUAGCAACCUGAAAUUUUGCUAGGCUUCAUGGAAGAGCUGGGGUGGUUAGAGUAGCGCUACCUCGUUUCACGCAAAAUAGACACAAUGGUUGUCGAUUUGCGGAAAAUACCCAGAAGCACUAAUCCCUCUAGUGUAGUAGGUGUCCAUGGCCGACGGUAAUUGCUUAACAUCAGGGGAUUCCUCUGCUUGAUUGCCUCCUAUUUCAUAAAAAAAAAUCCUGAUGCCGCCCCUCACAAACCAAAACCAUCCGCCGAUGUGACUACUAGGCUGUGUGUACUAGGUUUUAUUCAGGCUAAAGUCUUACAUAUAUCACAAAAAUACUCAAAUUAGACUGUUGGAUACUUAUCGUGACCUGACGUCACAAAGCUCAGUGAAUUCAGUGACUAAUGAACCCGCUAUCUUAUUAGUAAACCAUAAAAUAAGUAAAUGAAAUAAACCUGGUUAUCUCGUCUUGAAUACUGGCACUUUCAAACUCGGAAUGUAGCCAGUUCUGGGCAUUGGUUGGUUAUGAUCAAUUGUUUUAGAUUUAUCCUUUAUUUAUACAAAGACCAUGUUACUUAAUAAUAGUGUAAUUGCUAAGGGUGCAUUUGGGUAUAUUGUCUUGUAGUGCGUCCGCUAGCUGGCACGGUUGCACGGAGCGGGUUAACGAAAAAUAGUAUUUUUCGCGCGUUAGAGCUGUUUCCCACUGACGGCCCGUUUUUUGCGGGUACGGUUUUUUGCAGGAUCCCGUUUUAGUAGUAUAGGUGCUAAUAUAGUAACUUUCACACGAGGAUUCUGUUUGCGGAAUCCUGCAUGCAUACUACAGAAAACGGGAUCCUGGGAAAUAGCUCUUAGCGAUGCAACGCUAACUGGCGCGGACUCGUGACGGAUUUUACCUACAAUGCCACCCACGUGCGUGCACCCGCGCCAGCUAACGGACGAUCCGAAAUGCACUCCUAUUUCUGUACUUGAUUACCCUUCCAUAAGUUUUUCCAAUGUAUGCCGCCAUGACGGUAGCAUACUUUAAUAUUAUUUAAUCUUUCUUCUAUCUCUUAGGGUAUACCUGGUAAAAAAUACGAAAGAUUCUAGUUUAAAUAAACAUUUUGUAACAUAA